UGGCUAGGAGAGAAAUGCAGAUUUAAACUGAGUGAGGGAGUGGAGCGAGGGCAAGUGAUUGUAUCUGAACUGAAAGCACUUGCUCAGAGACUCCGGCACCUGUAAGAGUCCCAGCAGACAUUGCAGGCUUGAAGAAAGCCCCUUUUCUGCUGCCAUGACAACCACACCGGGAAUGGAACUGACCGCACCAGGGGCUGGCCCUGGUGUGUACCAGCCUGCUUCUCUACACUCAUAUCUGUGGAAAAGGAUGCCAGAGAAGUUCCUGAAAGGGGAACCCAAAGUCCUUGGGGUCAUGGAGAUCCUCAUUGCCCUGAUGAACUUGAGCUUUGGAACAGUAAUAAUGUGUGUCACGCUCCCAGAUACAGGACUGACUAUUACUAUCUUUUCAGCGUACACGGGGUAUACGGUUUGGGGGUCAGUGAUGUUUAUUAUUUCAGGGUCCUUCUCAAUUGCAGCAGGAAUUAAAACGACAAAAGGUCUGGUCCAAGGUAGCCUAGGAUUGAACAUCGCCAGCUCUGUCUUGGCUUUAUCUGGGGUCAUACUCACUGCAAUCAGCAUGAUUUUGGGUUUAGAAAUCCCUUACUGUGAACAGGAAGGAAAUUGUUUCAUGAUCAGAUCUAUUUUAAUAGGUAUGGACGUUAUGAUGUUCCUUUUAAGUAUUCUGGAGUUCUGCAUUGCCGUGUCUCUCUCUGCCUAUGGAUGCAAAGUAAUAUGUUGUAAUCCUAAUGGGGUUGUGUUCAUUCUGCCAUCAAAUCCUCACAUGGCAGAAAUAGCAUCUCCCGCACCAUUUACAGGAGGUUUGAUGCCACUAAUGGAUCAACAGAAAAAUGUUCCAGAAAAUGUAUCCCUACAGUAAUGCGAGAACCCAGUUUGGGAGAGUACCAGAAUCCAACUAUUUUAUAUAAAAUUCAGAGUCAUGUUAUUUUUUCCUCUAAGCACUCAACAGCUCACUUCACUAGCUCUUUGUAAACAAUAGCAGACGUUAAAUAAAUAAAUCAUGCAUUUAAUGAGUCAAUAGUAUCCCCUCUUUUCUUAUAUAUAUGUGUAAU